AUGAGCUAUUUGUAUGGCACUACAGGUCUCUCGGAAGUUACAAAUGCCCUUCUCCUAAAGACUUUGUUGAAGCCGGAAGUUGAAAUGUCAGAGAAUAUGGAGACGGAGGGUUCGCAAAAGGUCGAGAACGGCUCGGAGGUGUUGCUUCCAACUCUGUCAAAGUGGUCGACUCCUGCGAUUCUGCCAAGCGCUUGGUGCUCUACCGACUUCCUGGUUGGGGCUGGUAUGGUGAUCAUUCAGCAAAACACGCAUAAAAUAGUCAUGAUUCAUGCACCCGAUUGGGAGCGCAAAUGGUUCUUUCCCCGCGGUAGGAAGGACGUUGGGGAGACUAUAGAGCAGGCAGCUCUAAGAGAGGCCUUUGAGGAGUCUGGAUACCGCGCUCAACUUUUACCACUGCUUAAUCCAACUACUCAACCUUUUCCACCGGCUAGUAUGGGCAAUAUCGAAAGUGCCUUGAAUGUGGAGCCUAUAUUUUUGACGACCACCUUGUAUAACGGAGUCUACCUUACUUCAUGGUUCGUCGGUCAGAUACCCGAGGAUGCUGCAGUCGAUACAAGCAGGGAGCGUAUGCCCAGCGAGGAGAACUUUCAGACGCACUUGCUAUCAUACGAAGAAGCCAUGCAGAAAGUCAACGGCUCGGAAAUAGAUGUGUUGCAAUACGCCUGGGACAUCUACCAGAAAACACUCGAAUUUGUUGCAGAAAGAAGAGCACAGGAUAUAAGCAACAUUUACAAUCUUGGGAGUGGAACCAAGGAUAUGCCAUCAUACACAUAA